UUUAUUUACUUUAUUGCCUGUGUAGAGCUGUUGUCCCCCCGCCAGCGACAUGAUAAUAAACGACCUCUCCAGUCUGUACUGGAAGCCGCUGCGGGCAGGCGACGUCCGCUGGAACUUCGAGAAGUUUCUGGUGGAUCCGGAGGGGAGGGCCGUCAUGAGGUUUACCGCUCCAGUAGAGCCUGUCGAGAUGGAACCUGUUAUCGAGGAGUUCAUCCGUACGUGGACGGCCAAAAAGCAGAGGGAAAUUUAUAGCGACCUUCUCUCAGAGCUAAACAUUAACUAUUAAAAUUCACGAGAUGGACUAAAAUCUAUCAAACCAAACAACAAACUAACCGACUGAGCAACCAACCAACCAACCAAACUUCCGUCCACUCACACCACUAUGGUAGAACAAAUGUGGAUUGGUUAAGCAGUAAGGCAUUUGUUCUUACGAUAUCGAUAAAUUCUAAUAUAUUAUCACAAUAUGUGUACUAUUAUCAUGGAAUGUAUACACGUAUUUUGCAGUGGCAAUACCAAUAAUGUGUAUCGUGACUUAUGGACAAUCCCCUUUGAAGCCAUAACUAGUGCUAGCCGGUGUGAACUGCCAUCAUUAUUUAUUUGCAAUAUACAUGUACGUGUAUCCAUAAAAAAGCUAUCGACCAAAGAUACUGUAGAACUGAACGAAGCAGUUUGUUAUUGUAUGAAUCGGACGAUUUUAUGACGCGGGAGCCACAAAGCACCGUUUGGUGUCGGGUUCCUGCUGACAGGGAUGGACCCUUCCUCGGCCUUCGUGCGUUCAGCCGAGGGGGGCGACAUCCGGCGUCCUUUGGGUUCAAACAAUAAAUCUGUCAU